GCGCGAUGUAGUCAGUCGUCACGGACCCGGAAGUGACGUGUCGUGCAACAUCAGCAGUACCAGCAACAACAGCAGUCGAAAUGAAGCUGGACUCAAACGAUGAUGACGAUGUGGCUUUAUUUGAUGCAGAGGAAGAUUCAGCCGCAAGAAAGAACAAAAUCAGGCAUCCGGUGGCUUCAUUCUUCCAUCUGUUCUUCCGGGUCACUGCCAUCCUGGUCUACCUGCUGUGUGGUUCAGUCGGUGGAUCCUUCAUCGCCUGUAUGGUCACCAUCAUCCUCCUCCUGUCAUGUGACUUCUGGACUGUGAAGAAUAUAACCGGCCGUCUGAUGGUGGGUUUGCGCUGGUGGAAUCAAGUGGAUGAUGAUGGAAAAAACCAUUGGGUGUUUGAGUCCAGAAAGGCCGGUGGGAAUCAGUCUUCAGCAUCCCGCUCCUCAAACGCAGAGUCUCGUAUCUUCUGGCUGGGUCUGAUCAUCUGUCCCGUCGUCUGGGUCAUCUUUGCUUUCUUUACGCUCGUCUCCUUUAAGAUCAAAUGGCUGGCCGUGGUGAUUUUGGGAGUGGUGUUACAGGGAGCCAAUCUCUACGGAUAUGUGCGCUGUAAAGUAGGAGCCCGAACAAACCUGAAGAACAUGGCCACAAAUUACUUUGGACGACAAUUUCUAAAACAGGCUUUCACAAAACAAGAGGAGUCUUAGGAAGGAGUGUCUGACCUUCAGAGUUCUCACUAUUUCCAUUGAUGAAUUUUUAAUGUUAUAUAUUUUUAAGACUGAUUAAAAUGAAGGGCAGUGGUUGCUUUAGAAAUGGUUACUGAUUUUUUUUUGUUUUUUUUUUUGUCAACCACAACCUGUUAAAUAAUGUGCUUGACAUUUAAAAUACCUUUAACUUCUUUAUAGUUUUUGUUUGAUAUCUAACUAAUUUAAAGUGUUCAGAGUAUGUUUUGUUAUAUAAUAUUGCAUGACAUCAUGCAUUAUGCUUCUGUUUUGCAGACAGUGACAAAAACAGAUGUACAUAUUUAUAUGCUGCUGUAAAUUACUGUAUACUUUCUGUAGUUGAUUGAUUGAUUGAUUUAUUGAUUGUUCAGUGAAUUUAGGAAAUGAAUGGAGUUUUGUGUACAACUAGAGCCACCCUGAGUCUCUGGCCAGUGAAGUCACCCACAAACACCACAUCAUUAAAACUUGUCAAAAUCAAAGUGGCUUCUAAUACCAUUAGAAAUUCCUCUUCACUUUAAAUUUUAAAUCAGUUUCUUCUUCUUCAUUUUUGUCUUUUUUUUUGUAUGACAUGUUAAUGUCCCCUAUAAAUAUGAAUAAAAUU